GAGGUUGCAUCCACACCCGGGGUUUCUACCCAAGGUUGUCUCGCACUUCCAUCUCUCCCAGGAUAUUUAUCUACUGUUUGUUUUUUUACCCCAAGCCACACGCCUCACCCAUGGAAUAGGCUUUGCACUGCCUGGAUGUUAGAAAGGUGUUGGCUUAUUACAUAGACAGGACGCGAGGGUUUCGUAAAUCACCUCAAUUGUUUAUUUCAGUGGCAGAAAGAAUGAAAGGGUUGCCAGUCUCGGCGCAGCGUAUAUCCUCGUGGAUUACUUCCUGCAUUCGGCUAUGCUACGAGGGUGCAGUGUUCCUAACAGAGAACAAAGCCAACUCUGUGUUAAAAAGAUAUCCAAGAGCCAAUGGAGUUUUGGAAGAGCUAAAGCAAGGGAGCAUAGAACGUGAGUGUGUAGAAGAAAAGUGUACCUAUGAGGAAGCAAGAGAAGCUUUUGAAAACGAUGAAAAGACAAGGGAGUUCUGGAAAGACUACACAAAUGGACUCCAUGGAGAAAGUAACACAGGAGAUAAUUGGUAUUCAUUUUACCUUGCAUUUCCAUUAAUCAUCGGCCUUUUUGUUAUCCUCAUUAUCAUCUUUCUUACAUGGAGAUGUCUGUUUAAAAAGAAAAUCCGUAGACAGUCUGUGUACAUGCAUAGGGGAGCCCGCGAAGCCGUUGGUGAUAGUGCUGUUGCUGAUGGUAGAAGUGCUCUUCCCCAGCCUCUCAGCAUUGUUCAUUCCCCACAGGAAGAAAUGUAUGAAGGCAGUGGGCUGUCUCCAGGAUAUUUGGGAUCUCCUGAUGGACGUUCAGACACAAUAUCAGCCAGGCUAUCAAAUGGUGACCCUCCUCCUUCAUAUGAAGAAGCCACUGCUGAAACCAGCAUAAGAAAUGAAACGGAACACCAUUUAGAUCCACCCCCACAGUAUGAAGACAUCAUAAAUUCCAGCUCAACUAGGGCCAUUGUAAUGCCUCCUGUUGUUACCAGUAUUAAGUAAAGCAGGAAGAAUAGCAGCAACUUUUAAAAAUUACUAAGAAGAGAACUUUGUAGCACUUUAAUGCAGCUUACUACCAUUUGUAUAAUUUAAUGGACUCAUACUGUAUAUUAUUUCCCUGCUCCCUCUGUGUGUGCAUGUUCCCAUGUCAAUUUUAAAGGUGGGGAAUCCAUACUGAGCAUGGAGCAGAUAAAAAUGCAAUUGUCCGUGCAUACCUGUCAAAUGUCCCUCCAUUUUGAGGGUUGCAAUUCAUUUUAGCCUGAAUAUUGCCUGUGUUCCACACUAAUCUGUCGUCACUUCCCUUUUAGUGUGGAAAAUUAUUUACUUUAGAAUCAAACACUGGUGAUGGAACGUUAUUUAAACCAAAGGGUCAUGGCCUACGUAAUUUUAAGUUUCUUACAUGAAUAUUUUCGUCUUUCAUUCUGGCUCUGUCACACAUUUUAUCCUACCCUUGGGCCUUGGAAGACAGAGAAAAUAUUUAUGUGUGUGAACAAUAUAGCCUAUUCACUUAACUUAAAUAGGAUAUUUAUGGGGUUGCAAUAGGAUAUUUACAGGGUUGCAAUAAGUGAGAUUAAAAGUUUGGAACACAUCAGCUGUACUUAUGCAGAAGGCAGUAUAAGACACUGCUCCUUGCUGCAGCCAACCUAUUACAGGGAAGGAGUUCUGGGGCUUGCCCAGAUGUGGCCACCCUUUCCUCCUAAAUGCACCCCAUGCAGGGAAGCGGCUGGGGGUGAUUCUCUUCCUUCCCACUCCUGGAAGGUAUUUUCCUCCCUUCCCUCCAGUCCUGCAUGCUUCCUUAACCACUCUGCCAAAGGCGAGCCAGCCUACUCAGGAAAGGGGGGAGGGGAAGGGGAGGAGCUGGCCCUGUGGUGGUUUCCCCUUAGUUCCAAAAGGUGCCCCAUGCAGGGAAGGGGAUCAGGGGCUUCCCUUCCCUCCCCCUCUGGGAAUGGAUCCCUUCCCUCCCUCCCCUCUCCUCUCAUUCUGCUCCUGGCAAAAGCAGUUUUGCUGUCCGCUUCCUGAGCCUGGGAAGAACCUGGCUGACAUGCCACAGGGCUCCAGCAUGUGGAGCUUCUCCCUCAGGCCAGAUCUCCUGUGCGGCCUCUCCCAUAUGCAGGAGAGGAACCGGAAGUAUCUGGCCAAGCAGCAGGGGAGGCUGGGGAAGUUUAAGUGGCCCCAAGGACACCCCACCUCCUCCCCUGCCACACACGGCAGGGGAAAAAUGUCCCUGCCGGCCUUCUGUCCCAGAAACAGAAAAUACUGGACAUUUUGCAUGUACGGUAUUUUCUGGGUUUUUUUAAACCAGACAGAUACAAUUACCGGACUGUCUGGGUGAAAACCAGACACCUGGCAACCCUAGACCUGACUGGUCCCAAAUGAGGGAGUUUGCCAAUCCAGGAAUGGUUAAUUCUGGCCUCUCUGCUGGCAGCUUCCUAUCUUUCCCCAGGGGCUCCCCUCACAGCUGCUGGACCUGGCCACUGAGCUCCGCUGCCAGUGCUGGCCGGGCUCCCAGCUAUUGCACUGGCUUUGCUCCCAGACCCUUGGCUGAGCUCCUGCUCUGUUCCUGGCCCCUCCAACCAGCUUAUGGGCUGAUUGGGGGGCAGCCAUCAGCCAAACUCCUGCUCUGAUCCUGCCUUUCCCCUCCCUCCAAGCUGCAGGACUGGCUCUGUUCCUGGUCCCUUGACCCGAAUCCUGCUUUGGUCCUGCCCAGCCCCUCCCCCCUUCAGGCCGCUGGCCCUUUGCCCAUAGGACCGAUUCUGCUCCCAACCCUGUAGCUGGGCUCUGAGCCACGGCCCACGAGACCAGCUCUGCUCCUGAUGGGCUGCCAGCCACCACUCCCAACUGCCCCCCUUCCUAGGCACUGAGGCUCUUUGGUCCAACAACAUCAGUGUGUCCCAGACCAGGCAGGUGCAUCCUGGAGACAGACAGCUCCAGAGAUAAUUCUUUGCACUGCACUAGAGUUAAAGCACUCCCUCUGGCUACACAGUACCAAGUCUAUGUGCCGCAUCACUGACAAAAUCACCUGGGGGAGGAGUGGACAUAGUUUACUCUUCAUGCCAACACAAAUAGUGGUCUCUUCUGAGCCUGCCAACAGGCUGCCAAUUGCCAUGGUGUCUUUUUUUAAUUACUGUUUAUGUGGAUUUCUUUCACCUAGGAAAUGUGUGCGGCUCAGUCAUUUCACAUACAGGCCAUUACAUGGUUGUCAAAUAAUUUCUGGUCAUGUCCAGUCUGCCCUGGAUUCGUGCCAAUGACUGAAAGUUGUAAUGCUCAAUAUUCCACUACCAGUCUCUUGAACCAACUCAACCCCUGUUUUAAAUUGUGUUCCUCAAUUAAAAUGUGUUGCUACAGUGUGCAGAUACUAUUUGCAAUAAAGAAAUAAUGCUUGUUUUUUUUAAAUAGAAAGAUCAAAUAUUCAUGCUAAUCCAUUAUAACUUGCAGAACUAUGCUGUUCUUCGAAGACUCUACACAAGCACAAUUUUAAAUUCACUGGCCAAAAGUCUGCAAACUUGGUUUACAUGGCUAAACAAAAGCCUUUGCUUAAAACCCUUAUUAAAAAUAGUCUUUCCUCUACUAAGACAAUAAGUGCUCUUUCUCAUAUGCUGGAAUGAUUCCAAAUUACAAAAAAUAUUUUUUUAGCUUUAAAAGUUUUAAGGGUUCUAUUAAAUGUAACAAGUUAAAGAACUUAUGCUUGGCCUUUCUGAUCUUAUUAAAAUGACAUUUUGUCUUGUGGUUUAUAUAAAGCUUUAUUUUUUCAAAAUAUAGCUUCUACAUUUUCUUCUAUUGUAAUUGCAUUGACCCGCAAUAAAUGUGACAGUAAGAUUUACAGCCUUACCUCUCUGAAUCUUUUACUAGUAAGAACAUGUCUUGAUUGACUACCAGAAAAUUCAGGGUGUUGCACUCCCUUGCUUUGAAUGUAACACGGAGAGGUGAAUCUUGUACGGAACUAAAAUUGUUUACUAAUGACCAACAUGGAGAUGGGUGACUUUUUAAAUAAAUUAUGGAAAUCAGAUUAGUUUAAUUUUGGACACCUGUGGGGCGGUAGUUCCAUCUUCUCUGUGUGUAAAUAGCCUAUUUGAUUGCAGUAUUAAAUCUUUUUUUAAGAUCUGGUUUACAUUAAAUUAUGGUAUUUAAAUAUUUUGCUUGUUUAUAGAAUUUUUUUUAAUGUUUGGGUUUUGGCAUGCUAAAUAAAGCUAUUGAAAUUUUCCAAUGUCUC